UUCUGUGACUCUUUGACCUCUUAAGCUAACUUGUAAUUACUCUCCGUUUUUCUCUCUUAACUCUGGAAUCGGAGACUUGGGAGUUGUAGACCCCAAUAUCUCUAUAUCUCAAUCUGCUGCGUGAAAUUAACGGUGGUUCCAAUCAGAUUCCAAGUUUCUUGUUUUCUUCUUUUUGUAUUCUGAAAUUCACCAACCCAAACAUUCAAAUGGAUUUCCCAGACGAAAUCAUGGUGGACAUACUGCGAAGACUGCCGGUGAAAUCAUUGGUCCGAUUCCGGUGUGUUUCCAAAUCUUGGCGAUGUCUCAUUUCCGAUCCAACCUUCGUUCGAACUCAUCUCGAAUUUCAUAUGGGCCAUAUCUACUUCGGGACUGCUUCUCGUAUCGCUCUCUCUCGUGAAGCUGACACCCUUUUGUCACUCUGGCCACAUGAAAACGGCGGCGACGACGGCGAUGGCCAUGGCGAAGGCUUUGCGGUCACAGAGGAGCUUGACUUGGAUCUCCUCAAGAAUUCCCACUACCACAUUAAAGGUCACUGUGAUGGGUUACUGUGUUUGCUCGUCAACAGCCGUGGACUUGAAGGGCGUCGCCUGGUGGUCUACAAUCCGUCAAUUCGAGAGCACAGAAUACUGCCUCUUCCUCCCUACUUUUUCGAUACCUGGGAAUUGGUUGGGAUGGGCUACGACCCCUCGAUUGACGAUUAUAAGAUUGUAAGUAUUCAAUCUAUUUUAAUUGAGAAUUAUCUUGGGAUUGGAAGAGUUCCACCUAUUUCCGCAGUUGGCUGCUGCAAAAGCCUCCGUGUCAUUCCUCGGGUGGAGAUCUACACGCUCAAGUCCAAGUCCAAUUCAUGGCGCUCACUCCCUCAGGAAGAUGCUCCUCCUUUCGGCACCCGCAUAAUGUUUGAGGCCGCCGCCAAUGCCCAUGGCGGACUUUACUGGCUCUGUCUGGACCAGGCUGCUGUUUUGAGACAUGUGAUUUUACGUUUUGAUUUGGUGGAAGAGAAAUUCAGGAUGGUUCCACUUCCACCACCACUCCCUGAUGAGUCCUAUAGUGGUAUAGCGUGGUUGGGUUCUCUGAAAGACUCGCUUUCUGUAAUUUGCUCCCAGAAUGCCAUUGUCAGUCACAUCCAUAUAUGGUCCACAAAGGAUGACAAAACCUGGACCAAGCUCAUCACUUUUCCAAUGCUUCGGGGACCCGAAACUGCUUAUUUCUUCAGCCGGUACGUGCCAUUUUGUUACACCAAGUCCGGUGCUUUGCUGAUGUAUAUUAGGGGAGAGGAAGUGGGAUUUGUGAUGUACGAGCCCAGAGAGAAUAGGUUCCGGAAGCUGACAGUGAGAGGAGCUGAAGAAGAUAUCCACCAGACUCUGUAUUGUGAGAGUCUGGUAUCACCUAAUUGUUGGAACGCGGAUGAAGAUGAGGCCAUUGCUGGCCGGAACGAACAGUGAACACGGGAAAAAAAAAUUGUUUACAAGUAAAUGCUUUUCAUUUUUAUUUUCCAUGUUCAAAUUGUUGGGAUGACUUAUGUUUCUAUCAAUGAUACAUAAAAGCUGAUCUUUCUUAAUUGCCUAUCUGUAGUUCUGUGUAAUCUUUUUAUAGAAAUAUCCUUUGUAAUGGUACCAUAUAUAGAUUGGAGUUGUUUCUUCUAUUUUA